AGCAACGUUUCUCUAGAAAGCAUCUGUAACAAUGAGCGGCCGCGGAAAGACCGGAGGAAAAGCCAGAGCUAAGGCCAAGAGCCGCUCCUCCAGAGCCGGGCUCCAGUUCCCAGUGGGCCGUGUUCACAGGCUGCUGCGCAAAGGCAACUAUGGGGAGAGAGUCGGUGCCGGAGCCCCCGUCUACCUGGCUGCUGUGCUGGAGUAUCUGACCGCUGAGAUCCUGGAGCUGGCUGGAAACGCUGCCCGCGACAACAAGAAGACCCGCAUCAUCCCCCGUCACCUGCAGCUGGCUGUCCGCAACGACGAGGAGCUCAACAAGCUGCUGGGCGGAGUCACCAUCACUCAGGGCGGCGUGCUGCCCAACAUCCAGGCGGUGCUGCUUCCCAAGAAGACCGAGAAGGCCGCUAAGGCCAAGUAAAGCCACCAAGCCGCUGCUGCUGCUGGACACAGCCUCACAACGGCUCUUUUAAGAGCCACACACUCAGCUUUAAGAGCUGAAACUCUCCAUGCUGCCUUCAUCAAUACAUUACUGGUUAAUCUGAGAGACAAAAAUGCACUUUUAUAGCAGAUGAGGGUAAAUCGGCGGGCUUAAAGGAGAGUACUGUAAAAAAUAUAAAGUGUAAAGGAACUGUCGAUUUGAGACAUGCCGGGCAAGCUGUAUUCACAUACAGUCUGUUCCGUCUGACCAGGUUGGCAAGCCAAAUUAACAUAAAUUCGCAGCAGCUACUCCGAUAAGUGUUAGGAGACUGGUUGUUUGAAAAAAUUAAAGAUGCCACCGAAAAAGUUAGUUCAGCUAAAAUGGCAGCAGAUUGUACAGUUGAGUUAAAAAAGCUGGGCUUCUGGACCAUUAAAGAGUUACAGAAUUAAAUUAACAUAUAUGUGAACAGAGAUUUAGACUGCAGAGCUUCUAGAUCUCUUAAAUUAUUUUCUCUGGCAUCAUUAUAUUGUUAAAUGAGACAGAUUUACUGGGAUAUCCACCAUGCAAUAAAAUAUAUCUCUAAAUUUACAAGAAAAAAUAUGCAACGCUAUAAUAACUGAAGCUGUGUCCAUACUAGGGAUGAAUGAUCUUUUGAUGUUGGCAUUGGUUUUGGCUG